GUGAGGAAUGGACCUGAGCAUCAUCUUGUCAAAUCUCGAGACCGGCAAUGAAGAAGAAAUUGAAACCCUUUUGCGAGAAUUUAACCGAGAGACAAGAAUCCGAGAAGCGGCUGCAGUCUUUGAGAAAGGGCAUGGUCAGUAUGAAGAUUAGCAGCAGAAUGCAGUUUGUGUGAGGUAUCGAUGUUCAAAGAGGACUGUUGCUAAAAUGACGAACUGUCGCACCUUCACCUUUGAUCAAAAAGAGGAGGACAAGAGAAAGAAACUGUGCGCGGGACUGGUGCGAGUGCUGGAGAGGGAUGGGUCGCCCUGCUGCCAGACCGCCUGCCUGGAGGCGCUGCGCAUCCUGUCGCGGGACAAGAGGGUCUUGGGGCCGGUGGCGACCCAGGAAGGCAUGCUGGUCCUCGCCCGGCGCGGCUGCCUCCGGGAGGCGCCCGACACCCCGCAUGAGCGGGUGGCGGUGGAGGCCCUGAAGUGCCUCUGCAACGUGGUCUUCAACAGCCAGGAGGCUCAGCAGGUAAGCGCGGACAUCCGGCUGGCGGCGGGGCUGUGCGCCCAGCUGAGGACGUCCGCCGCCUGCGGGCUGAGCCACGAGGUGUCCCUGUUCUCCCUGCGCUUGCUCUUCCUGCUCUCCGCCCUGAGGACGGACGUGCGAGCCCUCCUGCAGCACGAGCUGAAGGCGGUGGACUUGCUCGUGGAGAUCUUGGAGCACACUCUCAGCAUCAAGUGGGCGGGAAAAUACGAAGCCGCCAUGGAUCCAGACCCCAAGCCUUUACCGUUGGAGGAGAACGAACGGGCCAUGGAGGCUCUGAAAGCCCUCUUCAACCUCACCUUGUGUGACACCAGGGAAGAGGACGGUGCCCACCAGCUUCGCCUCAUCACUGCCAUCAUGCGCCAUCUUUUGAUGAUUAAGACUCAGACAGAGGACAAAACAGAGGAAGCACACAGUCAUGCCAUUAAUCUGCUGAGCAACAUUCCUGUCUCCUGCUUGGAUGUGCUGAUCAAUGUGCAAAGCCAGGGAGGACUGGAAGAGUACAAUGGAAAGAACAUGGAUGUGAUCCAGGUUUUAUUAGACUUUAUGGAAAAGCGGAUAGACAAGGGCUCAAACUACAAAGAAGGACUAACUCCAGUUCUGAGUCUUUUGACAGAGAGCUCCAGGCACCACAGAGAGAUUAGGAAAUAUAUUAAAUCCCAGGUUCUACCUCCUCUGAAAGAUGUUAAGAACCGUCCCGAAGUAGGAACUACUGUGCGGAACAAAUUAGUGCGACUUAUGACGCAUGUUGAUACUGGAGUGAAGCAGAGCGCCGCAGAAUUCCUGUUUGUACUCUGCAAAGAAAGUGUUGACAACCUGCUGAAGUACACUGGAUACGGCAACGCGGCAGGGCUGCUAGCUGCCAGGGGGCUGCUGGCUGGAGGCAGAGGGGAGGGCCAGUACUCUGACGAGGAAGACUCCGAUACCGAGGAGUAUAAAUCCGCCAAGCCUUUCAUCAAUCCUAUCACUGGACAUGUUGAAGAGCCAAUGCCAAAUCCGAUUGAAGAAAUGACUGAAGAACAGAAAGAAUAUGAAGCCCAAAAACUGGUUAACAUGUUUGACAAGCUCUCCAGACAGCAGAUCAUUAGGCCAAUGGGAGUGAGACGGGAUGGCACGUUGGCGCCGCUGGCGGAAGCUGUACAGCAGUGCAGUGCGGACAGCUGCAGCUCGGAUUCAGACUAGCACGCCCCCUGCUCCACUGCCAAGCCUGGCUUAGCACCAGGUAUCUUCAGCACGACAGCAAGAGCCUGCAGCAGCUUUCAGGCUGCGAACCUGCCAGCAGCUUUUCUUCUGACAGGUCUGCUGCCCGUGGUGAAGUGUUAAAAACGGAGAUUGAAAAAAAUCCUAGAGGGGAAUCCAGGUCAGAUAUCUUUACUUCUCUCUGAUGGUGGACCGAUACUCGGCAGGAGGACACACAGGUGUUAAAAUUGCUCUGAAGAAGCAGUACAGAUUUUGAAAUAAAACAUCGGGGUCUUUGGAAGAGAAAGCUUUGCUGGGAUUAAUUGCUACCUUUGUUUAAGUUAUUUUGCUGGUAACAUUUUCUUUGUUGACAUAUACUAUAGGUACAGCAAGAAAUUUAGCUGACCCUCCCAUCAGUAUAAGAGCAAAUAUUAAAUGGAAAAACAACAUUUAAACUCCAUGUUCCCAAAGGAAAUUAAAUCAUUUAGGAAUGAUUAAUAUAAUUCAUUUUAUACAAUUAAUAUUAUAUCACGGUUAUAUUCAUCAAGUGACCAAGUAUGAUGCUGUUCUUAAAUCCACCUCUAAUGACCAGUACUUUUAAGAUUUGUACAGUGUCAGGGCCAAUAGGAUUGUCCACCUUUCAUAUUAUUGUAUUUUCUGAUCUUGUAUGUGCUCCAGGGUGCUUUAUUUCAUGUUUUAGUUACACCCUUGCUGCUCUGCUAAGAUCUGGUACCAUGUACUGCUUGAAUACAUAUUUUCAAUUAAUACAUAAGGAUCACAGGUUUUCUCUGUUGUUGCCAGGGGUUUUUCUUGUUGCAUGAGAUGAUCCAUAAAUGUUUCUCUUUUUCCUUUUUAAAAUUUUGUACUUCUCUGUAUAAAAAUGUUUUCCUGUUGCUUCAAAAGAUGUUUUUUACAAAAAAAUAUUGUACAGAAAUUGAAUAUGCUGCAAUUAAUAUAUACCGUAAGUCUGUACAAUUCAAAUUCAACCUUUUUCUCUUAAAUUGUUUUUUUUUCUUUUCGACUAUUCUGCUGCACUUCCAUAUACAGUCAGUUCUCUUCCUAUAAAGAUAUUUUGUCAUAAAAUCAAGGCGCUUGUCUUGAAUUAAUCAAAAAGCAAGUAUUAAAUAUGUGUGCCUUUAUAAUGCUUAUAAAUGUAGUGGUAAAUUGUUGUGCAAAUAAAAACUGGACUGAUCUGCUGGAUUAAACAGUACACUGAACACGGA